CCUCUCUCCCACUCUCUCUCCUCUCUCCCACUCUCUCUCUCCUCUAGAUGAUCUUAUUAGAGAAGCUGGGGCAGCAGUUGAGUCAUCCCACCCGGUCAGUGUAUGGUUGGCUGAUCACUAAGUUUCUGAAGUAUCACAACAAGAUGUUAGAGGAGAGUGCGGUGUCUCUGUCUGGGAUGCAGCCUGGAGAUACAGUGUUAGAGCUGGGCCACGGGCCAGGACUGGGUCUGAAGGCUGCAGCCACACUGCUGACAGAACCUACUGGGAGACUCAUAGGAGUGGACUACUCACAAUACAUGCACCAGAUGGCAGGUAAUCUUCUGAAGGAGUUGGUCUCCAGUGGGAAGGUGUCUCUGUAUCUGUGUGAUGUGGCAGCCAUGCCUCUAGCAGACAAUAUGGUAGACAAGGUGUUCCACUGUAAUUGCUACUACUUCUGGCCAGACCUGAUGAAGGGAGCUGCAGAGAUACACAGAGUCAUGAAACCAGGAGGUGUGAUGGUGACCACUCUGAGACUGAGCAGGGUGAUCAGCUUUGCGUCCAGGCGGGAGUUCCCUGGAGAGAACUGGCAACCCGAGGCUUACAUGGCAGCUCUGAGAGCCUCUGGGUUUAACCAGGUCACAAUGGAGCAUCUCCAACACAGACACAUCCCUUACCAGGCCAUUUACGCUACUGCUGAUAAGUGAUGAACACACACGUUUCAUCAUCAUCAUUUACCAUUGACGAAUCUCAGAGCUCUGCAGGGCAGGGGUGUGUGGUGAAGAUAUAGGAGUCUCUCUCUCCAGACUGGCUCAGCAGGGCAAGGGGUGUGUGGUGAAGAUAUAGGAGUCUCUCCAGACUGGCUCAGCAGGGCAGGGGUGUGUGGUGACGAUAUAGGAGAGUCUUUCCAGACUGGCUCAGCAGGGCAGGGGUGUGUGGUGAAGAUAUAGGAGUCUCUCUCUCCAGACUGGCUCAGCAGGGCAGGGGUGUGUGGUGAAGAUAUAGGAGAGUCUCUCUCUCCAGAAUGGCUCAGCAGGGCAGGGGUGUGUGGUGACGAUAUAGGAGAGUCUCUCUCUCCAGACUGGCUCAGCAGGGCAGGGGUGUGUGGUGAAGAUAUAGGAGUCUCUCCAGACUGGCUCAGCAGGGCAGGGGUGUGUGGUGAAGAUAUAGGAGUCUCUCUCUCCAGAAUGGCUCAGCAGGGCAGGGGUGUGUGGUGACGAUAUAGGAGAGUCUUUCCAGACUGGCUCAGCAGGGCAGGGGUGUGUGGUGAAGAUAUAGGAGAGUCUCUCUCUCCAGAAUGGCUCAGCUGUCUCCUGUUAAUUCUAAUACAUUCAUUGGAUCUUUGUUUUAAUCAUUUUCCCCAUUACAUGUCACCAGUAGUAAAUGUACCUUUUAAUCCCUGUCAUGUGUUUACAUUUCUGUUUUUGGCAUGUAUUAAUUAUUAUGUUACAGUUUUCGGAGUGGAAACGUGUUUUUGCAGUGGUCACAACCUGCUACACUUGUGAGAAAUAUGUUUUGGUUCAUUUCAUGACAAUAAAGAGCUGUGCGCUCGAUAUAUAA